AUGGCUGGGGAAGCGGUGAUUUUUCCGUCUCAGCCGCUUUUCAUGGUGGACAGAGGAUGGCAACGGCGCAAAAAGAAGCUGAAGAAUGACGCACUCUUUCAGGAACUCGAUCUUCAAACCUCGCGCGUUCCUGAAGUCACCAUCAAGGUUGCGAAAGGGCCGGCCGGAGCCAGAUCAGCGUCGCCGCCGAAAGUCAAGAACAAUGAGACCCACGCAAAGGGCAAUCCAAAAGUUCCAGGGCAAAUACAGUUUAUGGCCUACAAACCCUCGGUGAAGAAACGAAAGCAGCAUGUCAAAUCGAAGACGUGCGACCAGGAUGAAGGGGCGGGGAAAGAAGGAGAAAACACACAUGUCAAAUUUCCAGUCUGUUCCACGAAUUCAGAGGAGGUCCGUAAGGAUGCAAUCUUUCCCAAACGGACACUCCCUGGAACCGCCACCGCGCUUUACACGGUUAUCGAUCCUGAAGUGAGCUCUUUCCAACAGUUCAUGAGCUACUAUCCUACGCGCCUUGCUACGGCGAUGUACCCGAUCAGCAGAAGGGUGCCGCUCACCUAUAACCCCAUUGAAACUAUAUGGCUGCCUGCAAUUGUGACAGACGAGGUCUCUCUUCACACUAUUCUGUUCUCUUGCGCUACGCAUUUCUUCAUGGGGUCCGGCCAUCAAACAUUCAAGGAUUCGCAUCUGCUCAUGAAAGUAAUUCUCAACCGACUAAAUCGCAGAUUACAUGAUGGGAAAUAUUCGGAUCUCACCAUUGGUGCUGUUUCAUGCCUGGCACUAUGUGAGAACCACCUUGGUAAUCAUCAAAAGUGGGAAAUGCAUGCUGCUGGUAUGUCUGAGAUGAUACGUGCAAGAGGAGGGUUCAAAGCCGUAAGGGAUGUGCUGCACAUGAAGAUCUAUCGAGCCGAUACGAUUGGUGCUGUCGAUACUCUUUCACAUCCUCACUUCCCUCGUCCGGCCAGAACGACCAAGUCUCUCUAUCGUGCUAUGGUCCUUCACUCGGCCAUGGCGCCUAUUAACCCUACGAUCCUUGAUCUCAGUUUAACGCCAGUCGUAUCAAAUGCGCUUAGCGAACUCUCCUACUUGUGCCACGCCCUCAACCAUGCGGCUGAUACCCUAACACCCGUCGACCCUCUUGCCUUCGACGAGGAUGUGACUUGCAUUCAGCACGAUUUGCUACGGUCACAGAACCCAAAGCAGGCGAAUGUCGAAAGAUCCCAUUCACCAGGCUUUGCUCCGGCCAUAUCUCCCGGGAACUGA